UGUUUUCAGUAUAAAUUAAAUAAAUAGAACUAUUAUAUUAUCGCUAUGUAAAAAAUAUUUUGCAAGCAAUCUAGAGAUAAAUACUACUACUAAUUACCACCGUAAUACUUUGCUGGAGAAAGAAAGAGAGAGAGAAUACUAAAACGUAAAAAAAAAUGAUCUGAUCCUCCUCUGUCCUCUCCGAAAAAGCAGGCUUUGCCGAAAAUGGCAUUAGCAGCAUCCUUAUGCUGUUCUCGUGUCUGCUUUGAUGCCCACAUCUCUAACUUUAAUCCAAUCAAACUCAAGCACAAACACAAAUGCUCCAACUUUCCUCUUCUGAUGAUACUCCAUGAUGACGCCAAAUCCUCGCGCCAGCUUCCCCUCACUCCCACUUCCAACAAAAAGUCCUUACUUCUAGGCUUUUCUGCCUCAACCCUCGUGUUUCUGGGCCUGGGUCUUUGCAUUUGCUCCUCCGCUUCCGCUCUUAGGUCGCUGCCCCGCCACUCGCUUCAACUUCACCUUCCAAAAGAUCAACGAGUGGAGAACAAGUCAGCGCCAGCAGCAGCAGAAGAAGAAGAAGAAGAAGAAGAGAAAUUGGAAGCAGCUUUUGAGAUUUGGAAGUCUAAAUCUUUUGCUCUCUCCGUUCCUCUCUCCAUCGUUGCUCUUCAGGGCUCCAUGCCUCCCUCCUGGCCCAAAGAUUUCAUCUCCUCUCAAUCCAGGCGCUUAAAGUUCCAAACCAAAUUCCGUCCUACACUUGAAGAUAUAUUUGCUCAUCUAUGCAAGCCCUUUACCAAAGCCAACGCAAAUAUUGCGCCUUCAUCUGCCUUAGCUGCUGAUAUUGUCACCAUCGGUGACUCCUGGCUCCCUUUUGCCGUUAGAAAGGCUAUUAUUGAACCCAUUACAGCUGCUGAGCACCAGGAUUGGUUUAAGGAUUUAGGUCACAAAUGGAAGGUCUAUCUACGCCGGAACCUUAAUGGGGAUAUUGAUCCCCAAGGUCAGAUAUGGGCUGCACCCUAUCGAUGGGGUACCAUGGUCAUAGCAUACAAGAAAACCAAAUUUCAAAAGCAUAAAUUGGCUCCUAUAAAGGAUUGGGCAGAUUUAUGGCGGCCUGAACUUGCGGGAAGAAUUUCAAUGGUGAAUUCCCCUAGAGAGGUUGUUGGUGCGGUUUUGAAGUACAUGGGUGCAUCAUACAACACAACAGACAUUGACUUGCAAGUUGCUGGUGGGAGGAAUGCUGUCCAGCAGAAUCUGUUAUUACUUGCAAGACAGGUUUUAUUAUUCGACAGUGUGCACUAUCUCAAAGCAUUUUCAGUGGGAGACGUCUGGGUGGCUGUUGGGUGGAGUAGUGAUGUUCUUCCAGUUGCAAAGCGUAUGUCAAAUGUUGCAGUUAUUGUUCCCAAGUCUGGGGCUAGCUUAUGGGCUGAUCUAUGGGUAAUCCCAGCUGCCUCCAGACUUGAAACAAACCGUAUUGGCGGUCGAGUCAGAGGUCCCUCUCCACUAAUCCAUCAAUGGGUGGAGUUCUGUUUACAGACUGCAAGAACCCUCCCUUUCAAGCAAGGUGUGAUUGGUGGUGCAUCGCCCUCUGCCUUGGAGAGUACACCUGUCAAAAUGCCGGAAGAGUUCACCAAGGGUAAACCAAAGCUAGAAACAAACCUAAUUGCUGGAGUGCCACCACCUGAAAUAUUGGAAAGGUGUGAGUUCUUGGAGCCAUUAUCUGAUAUAGCAUUGUUGGAUUAUCAAUGGCUCAUCGAUAACAUGCCCAAAUCUGGCGCCGGUUUUAUGCACAUGAUAGAGUGUAUCUCAUCAAUUGUUCGAAAGUUAGGGCUGAAAUUAACCUAGAUUUAGGUUUUGUAGAUAGAGAAGUGUCAUGUAGCUGUCAUUUAUAACAUUGAAGUCAUACAAUGCCGAUUUCAAGCGGGAGUUCAUUUGGGUCAUGGUACUAGAACUGCAUGUUUUUUAUCAGAAGCUUGUGAUUUUCUCCAUUAAUUUGUAAAUCUCAGAUAAAUGCUCAGCGGGGCCUUCUUAAUAAAUCUUAAUAGCACCAAAUUGAACCUUUUGUCGAGUUAGCUG